CUCUAAAAGACCAAUGAAACCUUCUCUGCCAGCCAUCCUACUUGGUUACAACUACUUGACCACAGUACUGCAUAUACCGGACGUGAUCUUAUACCUCAUACAUGGAGAACAACGGGCUCUCAUUCUACUCUAAUGUGUUUGGGCUUUUCAUAGGGGCGACGACAAUACUUGGAAUCCUACUUGGAUUUUUCCAGUCCCAUCUACCUAGCCAAAGGAUCAAGGAGCUUGAAGAGCUGCUUGAGGAAACCCAAGGCUUGUACGAGUCCGCAGUGGAGGAUGGUCUGCUACCCGAAGAUAUGCUUAGAAGCCAAAUGGGAGAAAGACUUGCUGUUUUGCGCGAAGCGACGCUAGAAUUGCGAUCCAGAGCAUAUAGCGCGACCACAUUGCUCAAAGAUUACCGAGAGUUCUUCAGAGGGCUCAGCUACGAUAUUGGAGUCGCUUGUUUUCACGUAAAAGAGCUUCGGGCAUCGGUGAUCACCACAAGCGAAGCCGAACGGCGCAGGACUGGUGUCUACAGAGGCAACUACAGCACUGUCCCGCAAGUAGCAGCACCUCCUCAAAUAUCCUGUGCAGUGGAAAUGAGAUCUGUUCCACGCGCAGAAUCCCACGAUCCGCAUCACUUACACGCAGGAUGCAUCGUGGCGCACGCUGAUGCGCCACAUGCACCAUGUGGCUUACAUGAUGUUGAGGUCGACUUGACAGAGCUCAGUAAUCUCUCUGAUUGUUCACUUGCGACUUUCCCGUGUCGAAUACCCUCGCUCGAUACAGCAUCCCUUUGCUCAGAUGAUAGUGCAUCUUCGUCGGAUGACAAUUCCACAAUGGAAUCCAAAGUGCUUCCCGGGGUAUAAGAUGCAUCUUCUCCACGUUGUCACGACUACUUGGAACAGCAUUUUGU